GAAAUAAUAUUUAUAGAUAGAUAGAUAGAUAGAUAGAUAGAUAGAUAGAUAGAUAGAUAGAUAGAUAGAUAGAUAGAUAGAUAGAUAGAUAGAUAGAUAGAUAGAUAGAUAGAUAGAUAGAUAAUUUAUUACAUAGGUUUCUCCUCCUAAAGCACUUGCCAAACGAGUGGCGUGAUCUUGUGUCACGCAUCGUGAUGACGCAUGCUAAAACCCGUCGUCUCUCGUGCUACAGCCCAUACGGCGAUGGUCACAAGACAGUCCUUCAAAAGACGCAAAAGAAGAACGCGAAUCCGAGCGGCAUUGCGUUUUCUUCCGCGACUUUUCACUUCUCAGGGCAGUCUGAUCAUCGCGCGGCGCACGCUCCGUUCGAGCGGCGAGCCAGCCCAGCACGAGGAGCCAUUGUCGGUGACGUAAUAAGCCGGGUGUUCGACUCGCGGGGCAGAUCGCGGCGGGGGGAAUGACCGCCAGUGACCUCGGUCACGGCGUGCUGGCGACCGAUUCGCUCACCUUCGAUGCAUAAACAAGCCGUGAUUUCAAACCACGUUCGGAACGUGCGUUUCUCUAACUAGUCCGGUCACAGGAAAGCGUCCUCGCUAGCCAGCCAGCGCGAGGCUUGACUGUGGUCUCGCCCGAGCGACUUGCAUUCCGCUCGUGCUUUCGCUCGUGCAUUGAAAUUAUGGAUAAGGCCAAAUCGAUCACUGACCAGAAGGGAUCUGUUCCUUGUUACCCCGAUGGCUUGCGCAAGACAUUCUGGUCACAGCUGAGCAAUGGAGAUUCACGCGGCAGCGGUCAUGACAGCUACCGCCAUAUGCACUGUGACCCCCAGACGAACGGACCCCCUGCGAAACGAUGUCGGCUGCGGAGACGUGUGGACUCCGGGAAGAAAAACAGACCGCCCUUUCCCUGGUUCGGCAUGGACAUCGGCGGCACGCUGGUGAAGCUGGUGUACUUCGAGCCGAAGGACAUCACGGCGGAGGAGGAGCAGGAGGAGGUGGAGAGCCUGAAGAGCAUCCGCCGCUACCUGACGUCCAACGUGGCGUACGGCAAGACGGGCGUGCGCGACGUGCACCUGGAGCUGCGGGAAUUGAGCAUGUGCGGCCGCACGGGCACCCUGCACUUCAUUCGGUUCCCCACAGCUGCGAUGCACCGCUUCAUCCAGAUGGGUCGCGACAAGAACUUCUCCAGCCUGCACACCACACUCUGUGCCACUGGUGGGGGGGCGUACAAGUUUGAGAGCGAUUUCAGAACGACGGCUGAUCUGGAGCUGGUGAAGCUGGAUGAACUAGACUGUCUGAUCCACGGGCUGCUCUAUGUCGACUCUGUGGGCUUUAAUGGCCACCCGGAAUGCUACUACUUUGAGAACCCAUCUGACACGCAGGCCUGCGUGAAACAGCCCUGCAGCCUGGCCCAUCCUUUCCCCAUGCUGCUGGUCAAUAUCGGAUCAGGGGUCAGCGUCUUGGCCGUCUACUCCAAGGACAACUACAAACGGGUCACAGGAACCAGUCUGGGGGGAGGUACGUUUUUGGGGCUUUGCUGUCUGCUCACAGGAUGUGAGACGUUUGAGGAGGCAUUGGAAAUGGCCAGUAAAGGGGACAGCACUAAGGUGGACAAACUGGUCAGGGACAUUUAUGGAGGGGACUACCAACGCUUCGGCCUGCAGGGCUCAGCCGUAGCCUCCAGUUUUGGCCACAUGAUGAGUAAGGAGAGGAGAGACAGCAUCUCCAGAGAAGAUCUGGCUAGAGCAACGCUGGUCACCAUCACCAAUAACAUCGGCUCCAUCGCGCGCAUGUGUGCCGUCAAUGAGAAAAUCGAGAGAGUGGUGUUUGUGGGGAAUUUCUUGCGCAUAAACACUGUGUCAACAAAGUUGCUGGCCUAUGCAAUGGACUUCUGGUCCAAAGGACAACUGAGGGCACUCUUCCUAGAACAUGAGGGAUACUUUGGAGCAGUUGGUGCCUUACUGGAACUAUUGAAAGCCUCUGAAGACCCCUGAGGGGAGUUGAUGGGUCUGGAGACCCCUGAGGGGAGGUGAUGGGCCUCUGCUUAAAAAAAAAAAAAAAAAAGGAAAAAAAGCUGCUCAAUUUGGAAUUCUGGGAACUACUGAGAAACACCGGGAGAUGUUGUCAUAGCAACUGAUCUGUAAAUAACCCCUGAACGACAAGCUACUUUUACUGUAAGAUAAUAGUUUUUAUGGCUAAUUUAGACUCCCUCAGAUGGAUUUACUUUUUGUUUAUUUGGUUUCCUGGUGUUGUGUAAAUAAAUGUUUCUUCAGUGUCUAACGAUACAUAAGUGAUGGCCAAACCCUGCUGUGAUGCUGUGAUGUGGCACAAUGAUCAGAUGAUGAGAACAAGAUCAGAUUUUGGAUUUUGAGGAUUUUCUUAAGUUUGCUUUGGCUUUUUAUCUUUUUUUAAAAAGUUAGUUUUAAAAAAGGUUGUGACACAUGAUCAUUUCAUAUCAUCCAGUCAGGAGAUUGCAGAUUUUCAGGCAACUGAAGUGGGGAAUAAAGUAGAAGACUUUUUCAUCUGUGCCUGUGGGCACGCGUGAAUGCCUCAGUUCUGGGCCAUCAGUAGUGUUUCUUAUAGGAAAUGUGUACAACACUUUGACGUUUUCUGCAGUAUCUUGACUUUCACCUGUCUGUGGUUCAGAACACCCUGCUGCCCCUGGUUUUUGGUAAUAGAGGUAUUGUCAUUUUGCUACAAUGCUCUGUAUUGUACCUGGACUAACCACUUUCUAAUAUCUUUUCUGCAGAUUCUGCAGCCACUAUCAUAUUAACCCUGUACAAUAUCAUUUAUAUUUACAGCAUCUAGCUGACACUUUUUAUCCAAAGCAACUUACAAUUAUGACUGAGCACAACCUGAGCAAUUGAGGGUUUAGGGCCUUGCUGAGGGGCCCAAAGGUGUGAACUUGAACCAGCAACCUUCCAAGUACAAGUCAAGCACCUUAACCACUUGUACUUUGUGCCACCGAAGUGCCAAAAUCUGGAAGGCCUGUGUGGGCCAUUCCUCAAAAGGCUUAGUUAUGAUUCCUUAUGAUUCCGUCUACUUUCUGUCUACUUUCAUUACACAAAUCAAGUGUUGCUUGGAUUGGAAAAGUCUAAGCAAGGUCACUUUUCCAUGGGCCUCAUCACAUUCAUGCCAUGCCUCGCUCCACAUGCUGAAUAGGCUUCCAAACUGUUCUCUACUUCGAGUUAAGGGUCAGGGGUUAGGGGUUAGGGGUUAGCGCUGGAUCUUUUCACUUCUCCUUGUUUUCCUGCCCCCCCUGUUUUUUGUAAUGGAUCCAUUGCUGUUUCUAAGCCUUAUUUGUAACUUGGUUUAGUUUGUUUAAUAUGUUGAAAACUGUUGAAAUUAGUUGGCAUUAACUGUUGUUUAACUAGAAAUUGACAUUUCAAAUGUUGUAAUUUACAAAAAUACCUACCUGACAGAUCCUGUCAUUAAUUAAACAUUUAUUUCUUUA